AUGCAGCCUCUAGUUAAGGAUAUUCGAGACGCCAAGCCCAAGGCCUCGGAAGAGUUUGGCGCUGUGGACCUGGCCCAAAGUCUGUGGGCGUGUGCAACCUUGAAGCUGGACCAGGGCCUUGCACAGCCGCUCUUCUCAGCUGCGGCAGAGAAGUGCACCGAAUUCACCGUUGUGGGCCUGUCCAGCGUGAUGUGGUCUGCAGCAGCGCUUGCAAUUACCGACCCCGGGGCUUGCUAUGCGAUGAGGACCCAGGCACGCGAGCUGGCGAACCGAUGCCGAGACUCGCCCAUGUAA